CACGGAGCCUCUUUACCUUUUCAUUAUCUCUGCCUCCCCUGCUCCUGUUUGCUCUGGCACCUUGGGGAGCAGCAUGUACUCUGCAUAGCAUGUGUGCUUCUUUCUGAAACGUGCAAUCCACUCCACACUGCAGUGAUUUUUUUUUCUCUCCUUUGCUUAGAACAGAGGUGAAAACCCCAGAGGAUUCAAGUAUCCACUUGAUAGGCUCAGUCUCUCUUAAUCAGCCUGUAAUGGAGCUAAUGGCUGUUUGUCAUCCUUGGAGAUAUAAAUUUCCUGGCGGUGUCUCCUGCAGACAGCGCAUGGAGAAGGCUGUGUGUGCCAGCAAGCACCGAUAAUCAGCAGAAGGGCAGGGUGCUUCCUUAGCCAGGAGGAGCGCCGGGCUUCCCGCUGCCAGGCUCCAGAGCUCGCCGGGCCACUCCUGAGACAUGGACGAUGCCGUUGACGGACUGGACAAAGCUUCCAUAGCCAACUCAGAUGGCCCCGCAGCAGGCUCCCAAACGCCUCCCUUCAAGAGGAAAGGGAAACUGUCCACCAUCGGUAAAAUCUUUAAGCCUUGGAAAUGGAGGAAAAAGAAGACCAGUGACAAAUUUAGAGAAACCUCAGCAGUAUUAGAAAGGAAGAUAUCCACAAGACAAAGUAGAGAGGAGCUGAUAAGAAGGGGAGUUCUUAAGGAAUUGCCUGAUCAAGAUGGAGAUGUAACAGUUAACUUUGAAAAUUCAAACGGGCACAUGAUACCCAUCGGAGAGGAAUCUACCCGAGAGGAAAAUAUAGUAAAAUCUGAAGAAGGUAAUGGCUCUCUAGCUGAAAAAGCACCACCUCUGGAGGAAAAGGCAGAAGAGAAGAAAGAGAACACUGAAAACCACUCUGAAACACCGGCAGCUCCUGCUCCACCUCCUUCAACUCUUCUUAAGCCUAAACCCAAACCUAAGCCCCCCAAAACACCUGUGCCUCCAAAAGGGGCUGCUGCUGGGGCCAGCCCCAAGGGUGACGAAGUGCCUCCUAUUAAAAAAAAUACCAAGGCUUCUGGUAAACAGGCCCCCAUCCCUCCACCCAAGCCAACAAGCCGAAACACGACCCGAGAGGCUGCUGGUUCCUCUCAUUCCAAAAAGACUACGGGCUCCAAAGCAUCAGCGUCACCAUCUACUUCUUCUUCGUCUUUUCUCAAAACUUCAAAGGAGACAGUUUCUAGCAAAACUGGGACGGUGGGAACCACAAAGGGCAAGAAAAAAACUGGCAAGCGGCCCACGCCUCGGCCAUCCUCAGAUGCAACCACUGCUGGUACGUCCGACCUUAAAGGAAAGCCAUCGGAGGCCAAGGUGGAGAGUCUCAAAACUGAGCCAGCAGGCCCUGAGACCGAGGAGCUGAGCACAGGCAAACCCAAGUCUGCGGUCCCUCCACCGCCUAUAACCCCUCCCCCUCCUCCCCCGGACUCCCAUCUUGUUCUGGAGGAACAGUGCGUUUUUGCUGCAGACACUCCUAUUGUCCUGGUCAGCGAUGGAGACGACGUGCCCGUCCCUACCUUAGACACGAGUCAGCUUCUCUGGACUGAAGAGCCGAAAAACACAACCACUGUCCACUCAGGCACUGGCUUCAGUGUUAGCAGAGAAAAUGCAAAAUGUUUCACAACCAAAGACGAGCUGGGAAAGGCAGCACCUCAGCUACUGGCUCCUGGGCUGAUGGGAGAAUCUUCCGAAUCCUUCAGUGCCCAGGAGGAUGAAGGCCAAAGGGAGUACCGGGCCACUGACUCGGACUCUGAUGGGCCGAUCUUGUACACUGACGACGACGAUGAAGAGGAUGAAGAUGAGGACGGCAGUGGAGACAGUGCUUUGGCAAGUAAAAUCCGACGAAGGGAUACUCUUGCUAUCAAACUGGGCAACAGACCGUCCAAAAAAGAAUUAGAGGACAAGAACAUCUUGCAGCGGACCUCUGAAGAAGAGAGGCAGGAAAUUCGACAGCAAAUUGGAACCAAGCUAGUCAGGAGACUUAGCCAGAGGCCCACAACUGAAGAAUUAGAGCAAAGAAACAUCCUAAAACCAGAAAAGAAUGAAGAGGAAGAACAAGAAGCAAAAAUGGAACUUAAACGCAGACUCAGCAGAAAGCUCAGCCUGAGACCUACGGUGGCAGAGCUACAAGCUCGAAGGAUCCUGCGGUUUAACGAGUAUGUAGAAGUCACCGAUUCUCCCGACUACGAUCGCAGGGCAGACAAGCCGUGGGCCAGGUUGACACCUGCAGACAAGGCAGCAAUACGGAAAGAACUAAAUGAAUUUAAAAGCACAGAAAUGGAAGUGCACGAAGAGAGUCGGCAGUUUACAAGGUUUCAUCGUCCGUAAUGAGGUGCGAGACUCUUUGGAAACAUAGACUGAUCAUCUUUGGGGGCAGCCUCGCUUCCUAAACGCCUGAUACUGCAUUGCACUGGGAUUUGACUAUGUGUGUUUCCAUUUAACUUGUGGUGAAGGAAGCGUGUGGAAAGUGCUCCCCACCUGUACAGCCCAGAUGUGGCCAACAAGCCAAGGGUCGGGUAUAGUGACCCUGCUGCCCAGCAUGGGCACUGGUGGUAAGGGACACAAUGGUUGCACCAGUUAUUCUUCAUCAGGGGUUUUAAUCAAAGAAGAUGAGCAGAAGACAAUCGCUGGCUCCCUGUUACCAGAAAGCCAAAUUUUAGAGUGCAGGUUAAAGGCGGUGAGCCGGGGAUGGAAUGUCUGGGCACUGGUAAGGGGCGGGGGCUGAAAAACAGAAAGAAAGAGAAAAUUUCAUUAUGUUAAUGAAAAAAGGACAUUGAAACUUAAAUGUAUUUUUGAAGAAGGCUUUUGAUAGCUGAGAACUUAUUAAGGGCUUGGGGGUCUAGUCACCCCCUGUGGAUUCCUUAGAGACCCGAUCCUAGAAGAAUAUUCUUUCACCCUUAUGUUGGUGCAGUAGAGUACCAUUAUUUUGUAUUGUGCCAGUGAAUCUAAUUGCCACAAAUAAGUCUGAGUGUUUUCAUGCAUCUUUUUCUUAAAUGCAAGAGGCUUUCAUGGACUUUUAACAAGCAUGCUUACCCAAAUUCUGUUGCAUGCUUUAAGUAACAUAGCUAUACACACUUCACUUUUUUUUUUAGACUCUUUACCUAAUGCACCAACCUCCUGCAAGGAAAACAGGACUGGGAGUAAAUUCAGAUGGGAUGUGACCCUAUUAGUCUGUAGCAAGCUUUAGAAAUAAAUCUGUUGGUCUUUCCCGAGCUUGAUUAUCUUCAAAGUUGAAACAACCAUGCUUGAUCUAAGGAAGAUAAUAUUGACAAUCACAUCUUUUUAAAAAUCCUGAAUCCAAAAUUAAAACUUAAGCAAGAUGCAAGUGUUCUUCCCGCAGUUAGCUUUGAGUGGGACUGCAAAGGAAUACUUAUUUUCAGUGCUGCAUUAAGUUGGAUUGCUGCUAUUAAAAAGAUAAAGUACAUGGAUCAAAAAAAUAAAAACUCACCCAAAGAUAUAUAAGAACACGGAAAAUUUUUGCUAAGUUGAGAAUGAGGAGAAUCUCAUUUUGUGUUUUAUGUCUCUGCAGAUUGCAUCCAUAAAUAUAUUGACUUUCAGUGCAAAAAAAAAAAUAGGUGACUUUAAAGUUAUGGAAGGUGUCCCUAUGAGCCUACAGUCAGUAUUGUUUACAUUAAUAAACCCUCUAUUUCAUUUUACUAUUUUCCAUGAAGUCACAGGCACAGCAUGGCUUCUGCUCUCAAACAUGUGACCACAUGUAAAUACCACCUUGCAUUUCAUUGUUUGUUCACAAUUGUUUUGGGCCCCCUUUUAUUAAAAACACAUGCUUUGUGUAAUAAGACAAGACCUAACUAGACUUAUUUUCUGAAAUGAUUCUGAUUCAUAAUAUGGAGGACUAUAAUUUUCGAUCUCAACCAAAAAGCAAACAUUUCAUCUGGUGGAUAAAUUUGGAUCCUGCCAUUUAUUUAUAUUUGAUAUUUUAAAGAACUCCUUGAAAUGGGGGGUGAUUUUGCUUAAAAGUGAAAAAAAAAUUGGCCCAUUUAGUCUAUUACAACAAACCAGGACCAUUUAUAACUGAAAAUUGACCACCAUUGUUGCACCUCUUGCCACACUCAGCCACAUGCUGUUAGUGAAAUGGCGUAGGAUUUCUGCACUGGUGUCAUUUCAGUAAUAGGAUCAGAUAUAUUUUUGCUCUGAAAAGAUGUUUCUGCAUGCCAAGUGGGUUUCUCCAGCAGAGGUUGAGUCCAUUUCAUAGUGCUUACAUCCAGCUAUAGACAUGACCUAUGUUCUCAUUUUUUGCUGAAGUCAUUACAUUAUUUUAUUAUUAUUUUGUUGUCUUAGGAAAAAUACUAAGGAAUGUAAUGUUAUUUUAAUUUUCUAUACUUACGAUUUUUUAACAAAUCACAAGGCCUCACUUCCAUAAAAAUGGUAAACAUAAGACAUCACUGUUUUAUUACUCCUAUACAUGUCAAAGGAAGUCCCCACUUAGUUGAUAAAAGGCACAGCUUUUUCCCCUCUAGUGGUGCAUGAAAUGCAAUUUUUUAUUCCUACAAUGAGUGCACCCAAACAAAAAUGAGAAUCUGGUGCCUCGAUCCAUUGUUUUUCUUGUAUGAUAGGUCAGAUUUAGGAACUACCCACACUUUUUCUUCAUACUGAUUUAUAUGCUUAGAGAAAAUUUUAAGAGACAAGCUUAAAAGUAAGUAACUAAAUAAAUAAAAAUUAGGUGUGACUAGUCUAAAAUAUAAGACUUGGAACCACCAGUUACUUCAUUCAUUGAUUCUUUAAAUAAAAAGCUGUGGAAAGAAACGAAGGGUUGUGAACUAAGCUGUAUUCUGCAGAAUGGGCUCUAUUUCCAUAGCUAAUUCUAAAAGGCGGAAACACUGCAUACCCACCUCAGCAGCCCAUCCAGAGGCCUCGUGCUGGGGAGCCCUGGAAGGAUGUGAAGAUGUGAACACCACCCCCACCCCUGCAGUACAAGUAUGCCUCUGCCUAAGCCUUUCUACAGUUUCAGCAUUUCUGCAAUCCAACCCAUACGCUGCAGUUCUGUGGAGAAAAUAAAUGUGUGUGUUAAUUGUAUUGUUGUGACACAGCUCCAGGUUAGGCUGAAGUGUGUGGGUUUUCCUGAGUCUCCAAGAUGUGAUUCAGGGGAAAAAACAAAUCCAUCUCCAGGAAGGUGCCAGGUAGGAAAGAACUAGACAGACUGUAAGUAGCCAUUUCCAUCAUUCCUAAAAUGGAGAAAGGAACAUUAGCAUUAAGGGCUUAAAAAGAUGCCAUGGGCUUAGCAUCUUCAGGGUCAUUACCAAUCAGCCUGACAAAUGAGACCUCUGGUGAGCAGCAUUAAUUUAGGCCAGCCUGCCUGAUAGUUUCCUGUGUAUGCGAAAUGUCUUGCAUUUUUUAUGGUCAAUAUUGUUCACCCUUAUGUUAACACCUUAAAUUAUUUACAUUAAACCUAUAAUAUUCAGAGAACCAUUUUGGGUAUUUCAAUAACUUUUAAAUGGAGGAAAAGGCAAACUCAUCUCUCUGUCUCUGAAAAACUGACUUUCUGGUUUUAUUUUUAUAUCCUUUAUUAGUACAAUGAUUUUUCACCUAUCUUUUUCUACUGUUAGUAAAUAUAUUCUGUAAGUAGAAAGUUCUGAAAUUUAAGUGAAGAUCUAUUUGAAGACAUAGAGGAAUUGAAUAUACCCUUCAAAUAUGACCCGAUAUUGAAAAUGAGAGAUAAGUUCUUUAAACCCAUAAUUCGGGUUUUACACACUGCAAUUAAUUCAGUGCUGCACUGGCACUUUUAAAAAAAUACAGUAACUUAUAGGAGAGAAAAAUCUGCUACACGCCUAUAAGUUCCACACUUUAACACAUAACAGCCAUUAUAUGUAUACUUAAUGGAGUCAGACAGACACAACUUUCAAAAAUUAUACUGUAUUCACAAUAGAAAAAGGAAGUCUUGUCUACCGCAUAGUAGUAUGCCCACAUUUAAACAGGGAAGGUUUCUUUUCUUCCUUUCUUGCUCAGAAUUUUCUUCAGUGUUAUUAUUUUGUAAGUGGUCCCAGCAGCACAUUUCACAGAGUGAGAAAUCUCUUUUAGAAUAGGUGAGAAAAAAUCAAACUUGUACAAGACAUAUAAAUUUAUGUCAUUUCAUCAGUAUGGUAGCUCAUGCAUUCCUAAAUUCCAAUCAUAUUUUAAGCCUAACCUUACUAGUAAAAGUAUAUACUUUGAAACAAAAGUUGAUUUUUUCAUAUCGUUAGAAUACGCUGUGAACACUAAGAAACCACUUAGAUGCAGUUUCUUACCAAGUUGUCUCUUGGCCAUUAUUGAGUAUUUGCUCUCUAUUGGUACUUAGGGGUGGGCUAUAUCAGUGCGUUUUAUUUUACUAAGCAGAAUGAACUUCUAGAACUAAAGUCCUAGAGGAGAAAAGUAAUCAUCAAAUUAAUAGGCCCAUCUUUCUGAGAGAAAGCACAUUUCUGGCUAGUUCAAACCUAAGUUUCAAAGAGUAGCAUGGGACUCUACUAUAAUUUGGCAGUGACCAAAGGGUGGCAGGAACAAAGGCAGAGUACUCCCAGACCGUUCUCGUUCUCUCUCUCUCUCUCUCUCUCUCUCUCUCUCUCUCGUCUUGUAUUAAGUAUCCUCUCUCUCUCUCUCUCUCUCUCUCUGUAAUCAUUAUGCUUUAGCUCUGUAUGGAAAUGUGCACCGCCACUAGUAUUUCUAGAAAACAGCAGAAACAUAGACUACUUAAGCUUUUUCAAAGACAGGGCCAUCCCAAAUGAACAAAUCCCAUUGUAUAAGCAGUAAGAAUUCUAGGAAGAAAAAAAAAGGAGAAUACUAUGGCAGUUAUUCCCACUGAGAGCCAACUUAUAGGCAAGGGAGUCAUUUUUAGCUAUGCUAGGAUUUGCUGCACACACACACACACAGGCAAGUCAUCUUGCUUGUUGUUGCACUGCUAGCACAGCUGUACAUAUGAGCAAAGCACUGUGGAUCAGUGUUUCUCAGUGGGGAUGCUGUUGGCAUUUGGAGCUGGGCAAUUCUUUGUUGUACAGAAAUGUCCCAUACAUUGCAAGCUGUUUACUAUCCCAGGCCCCUGCUGACUAACUGCCAGUAUUACGCCCAGUAAAAAUCAAAUGUGAAAAGCCUUCCCCCAUGUUCACAUGCCCUCCGAGGAGGGCAGUUGCCCCUCCCGUGAAUACCACUGUCUACUGCAUUUUAGGGCAUUAAAAAUGCAGGAAAACUGUCUGUCUCAAAACAUGUCUCUGCUGCCUUGCAUUUCUUUGGGCCUUGAAUCAUUUCAUCCCCCUUCAUUUCUCGAACCUUCUGCUUCGAUGCAGCUUUAAUUUGCCCGUUCUUGAGGGAGGUGGCUACUGGCCAGCCAUGGCGGUUCUAAAGGGCAUAUUCACUUGGGUCGUCCCUGGACGUACUUAACGGAGAGAUUUCAUAAUGAGCAAACUUUUUCAUUUUUUGACCUCAUAAUUUUACUUGAGAACUACACUGUUGUGCAUGAUCCUUGUCAAUGUCACAAGGAUCCUUGCAUAGUUUAACCACAAACGUGAUGGUUGACAGUCCACAUAAACAAAACCUGUGGUCUAUGAGCAUUACCAUUAGAUUUUUACCUGGGAAGCUGCAACUUAUGAGUUCCAAAACAAUCACCUGUUUAUCCUAUGAAAGAAGCAUUUAAUCCACAUGCCAAUGUUUGAAUUCCCCCUGUAUACAUGUAGUUAUGUAGCUCAACUUUCCUAAAAUUUGUGAAUAUUGAAUUGUGAAGGAAAUGUGGGGUAGGUGUGGAUUGUAUCUACAUUUGCUUCUAUACUUCAAUGAUGAUCAUGCCCCAAACAGGAUGAGUUUAACCUAGGUGAAACAUUAUUACACUAUACUACCAAAACCUAAAUAUACUUACUCUCUUUGUUGCUUUUUAUGACCAAACCAGAAUAUUAAAUAUGUCUCUGAAAUGAUUUGGAUGAACUGUGGCUAAUAGAAUGGAAUUAAUUUAACCACUGUAAUUUUUUUAAAUACUCAAAUUUCUAAAACAUCUUUUUUGAGAAAGAGCAACUCAGAAUCGACAAAGGUGGUUAUAUUGUGAACUUUUAGAUGGUGCUUAAGAAUUCUUAUCUUGUUAAAUAUCAGUAUUUCUUUUUUUAAAAUAAUAAAUUGAAGGGAGUAAAUAAGGCAGAAUGCCACUCCACCCUCAGGUCAAUUUUAUGGUAUAUAAAAAUGCCAAUAAUAUUUGUGCCACUUACCAAUAUGGGGGAGAGGUCGACUUUUCCCUUACUGGAUGCUUUCAUUAUAGUUUGACUAUACCAUUAUGUUGCUAAGAGAGCCUCCACAAGGAGAAGUCGCCAUUGCAAGGCUAACAAGGGUUCGAAAAUAAUCUGCAUGAAUUGGGUCAAACCACUUUCAUUACUUAAAAUAUAGGCACUGAUAUUUUUAUAUAUUUUUAAAUAUUCCUUCUGUGGCUUAGACAUGUGCCAAUGUGUUCACGACAUUCUGAACCAACUUCACCAGAUAUAGUAACCUACCUACAUUUUUUUGUCUAUAAACAGUCAUUUUAAAAUAAAGAACUAUAUUUGGUCUUGUGUUAUUUCAAGCUUUGGUUAAAAUAAUGAGGGUGGUAAGCUGUGACCACUAACAGACAGACUGACUGAUUCCUGAUUUCCAGUGAGUGAGCUGACCCACAUAUUGCACAGGUGUACUCUCUGUGAGUGUAAAUAACUGGAACUGUACACCGAUGAACAUGACAGUUUCUCUUUCCUGUUGCUGUUGUUCUUGACCUGCACUGUAUUAUAGAAUGUGGGUAUAAAUAGCUCCGAGUGUACACACAUAUGUAUAUGUAUCCCACUAUCAUAACCUGAAAGAAAGACUAUGUAUUAUCUUUUUUAUUCUGUACUGGUGUUUGUGUUAUUUAAAAAGCAAAUUUAUGCUCUAUUUAGUUGUAUUAUAUUAUAGGAUACCUUGCUGUGCACAAUUCCAAGUGCCUUAGAACAUUGUUUAGCUUUCUUAAGUAUAUAAAAAUGCAUAUAUGUAUAAAAUUGGGAAAAGUUACCUCAAUAAAAUCAUUGGGAAAUCCCCAGCUUUA